AUGUCUAAUAGCAAUCUUGAUUCAUAUUUGCGUUCUGCUCGUCAUGCGCCUGUGCUGCAUUGUCCUUUUAGCAUAUAUUCGGAGCUGCAGCACUUAAAAGACUCUAGCGAUCUUCCCUCAUUCCUUUUACGUCCGCUGAGCUAUAGCUUAUCCCGCUUUAACUUAUUUAGAAGCGCAGGGUCCAUCUCAUUUUCAGCCGCACUAGCUCCUGCAGCUCCCCAUGAACACUAUGCAUAUCCGUGUCUUGCCUCACUGGUCCAAUUUCUAGGCUACAGGCCAGAGGACUGUAAUGCAUCCGUGGAACUCGAAAAGCCUCUGCAAAAUCAUGAUGUCUGCACAUAUAUAGCUUCACCUGACGAGCUGGCGUGCGCUCUAUCACUCCUCGGCACCCAACACACCCAUCCACCUGAUCUUGAGAGCGAUACCACGAGCGACAGUGAAGAGCUGUCUGAUGAUCAACAAUCGCCCAACAGGUCUCGCCCCAGAACUCACGUCGAGCUCCAUUUGCAACACCUCCGGAGGUCAAUUCCGCGUCCAAAAUCAACUAAGCAUGCAAAUCUUUACUUACUUCGGGCAUCAUCUAGGCCUACUGUCUGUCCGAAUAUCAUUCUCGUCGAAGACAGUGGGGGUGCUGGACUUGCUGCACUUUUUCGAUCGAUAUGUCAUCGGGUAAGUGACGUUUAUAGCAAUCUGCCUGUCCACAGUAUCUUUUCAACCGUUUAUUCGACAAGUAUUGGAGAAAAGCAGUGCUUAACAAUGGCGCAUAGAGGCUUGCAGAUGCAAUGUUGUAACGACGGUGCUACUAGUGACCUUGCUACUGAACGUGUGCUCUUCACAGUCCAAGAAUCAAAGAGAAUCAUGCGCUUAUUCAAUCGCAAAGAGCGCCAGAAAGACGGGACCUGGACAAAGAGACCCCGCAAACCCUUAGUAUCUCCAUCAGAGUCUAUAACACAGGCUCUUUUGCGUGCCAAGGCUGCUGCUCAAACAAAUAGCAAAGAUGAAGAUAAAGAGACAUACCAAUUCUCCUCUUCUCUCUCCCCCUCUUCUUCUGAGUCCUCCCUUACUGCGCAACACAAACAUAAAAUUACAUCCUAUUUUAGCUAUUUGUCAGGCUACCCCACCCUUGCAUGGCCCCCCGUAACAGUCAUUGACUUUAGUCCCAUUCAAUACAACAUCUCUACGUUUGAUAUGUGCAGCGAGAUAAGCUUCAGCCUAGGUACGGUCCAUAAGGAAGCAGGGACAAAGGCGGCUAAGCGGCCAAUUCUCGUGGGCUAUAGCAGACACCGCUUUAGCUACAGACGACAACUUUUUCGUGCGCAACUUUUUUAUCAUAUGCUAUCUAAUUCCUCAAGCUACAAAUUGGAAAGUGACAAGUAUUACUAUAAUAGUCUAAAUGAUUGCAUGGACCUACACGUAGAACAGGCAGUAGUUGAGAAGAGAAAAGGCCAGUUUCGUCCAUUAUCGGUUCAGGAAGUGCUCUGCGGGAUAACUGGAGAGAGUAGAUCCCUGGAUGAAGUGGUGCAAAAGAUCAGCGAGCCUGCUGAUAUCAUCCCUCCCAAAAAAGUACCAGAGACGAAAAGAACCCAGAAGAAAAAUGCAAAAUCUAGUAGCAAGCAUUCUAUCUUAGAUCAAAUGGUAAAGGUAUCUCAGAAGCCAUCAGAGGCAAUAGACUGUGAGGUCGGCGAACCACUAAGAAAGCAGCUACCUUCAUCCACCGUCCUAGACGCAGACUCUUUUAUUAAGCUAUUUAACAAAACAUCAGACAGUAACAUAAGCUCAAUGCAGCACCUCGGAAGGGACGCACCUGUGCCGACCUUCAUUAACGGUCGAGGCCGGGCGCAACAUGAAUACUCGCUCAUUAAUGAGUACUCAGCAGAUGAUCGGGAGGACAUCUCUUUUAUUAGUGUGCCGUUGUGUGAGAUUGCUCCAUUUAAUUGUAGCCACUUAUUUAUGCUCAAAGAUGUGGCUUCAGACAUAGCCAAGUAUAAAGCGCUUGCUUGUGAGGCACUUGUCUUAGCAUGCUAUGACACCGCCAGCUGGCAGGCGUCUAAGCAUACGCUAUCUCUGCGUCCAGACAUACGCCAGCUUUCCAACCUUAUACACUUUUGGGGAGAUGCAGCGAGUAUGCCCCUGGUGGCUAAGCGAAAACAGGGUGCUGCCUGGCCAGAUCACACGUAUGCAGACGUUAUAGAAAUAUGUUCGUCUCUUUGUGGCGGGUUCCUCAUUCUGUCGGGGUCAUCUCACUUGUCACUGCAUCAAGCAUCUACUGGGCAGGCUAGUUGCACGAUUGAAAUAAGUCAUAUCGUGAAUAGUGAAAGGAUUCAGUCAGCCGUUCGCUAUGUUCUGUUGUCGCAGAAAGGGUCUCGAAAGCGAUACAGAGUAGACUUUGUACCGGAGACGUGUCCAGCACUUCCCGUAACAGAGAAGUACAUAUCGUAUCUGGAACGUGCAGAUCAUCAAGAUACCAUACAAUACAAUAUAUCACUCAACAUGGACCAGAAAGGCAUAUGGGGUGAUAUUCUGUUGGCUAGUGGCGAGAUCAUGACCAGAAGAAUGGUAGACAUGGUACACAUGGCGCUCCCGAUGGUCGACUACGGGGCACCAAGCAGCGUACUUCAAGGUUUGAAUGUCUUAAAAAAAUGGUCUUAUUUGUUGCUUUGA